AUGAUGUUUGUUUGGUUACCGCUGACGUUGUUAUCUCAAAUUUCCAUCUAUACUGUACAAUCAGCACCAGCAGCAUUUGCACCAGCACCCGCACCCUCACCAGCACUCCCCGCAUAUGAAAUUGUGAAGCCUGGUUGUAUUCCCACCUGCGGUGACCUUGUGGUUCCCUACCCCUUCGGCACAUCCCAAGGGUGCUAUCUCGAAAAUGAGUUCAGUUCUUUCCUUAUUAACUGCAGUGACAGCACCCCUCACCUUGGCAAAGGUUCUAUACCUGUACGCAACAUAUCGCUUAUUGAUCAGCAUAUUCACAUAUCAACACGUGCAGCUCGCAUCUGUUACAAUGAUAUAGCAACACAAGUCACAUACGAAGAUCCUUAUUUUCUUGGAUUAUCAAAAUUUCAAGUCAACCAUACUAAUAAGUUCACUGUCAUUGGAUGUUCUACUUUAGCACUCAUCACAGGUUCUCGGGUUCAAAACUACACGACUGGAUGUGCCUCGGUAUGUGAUGGUGUUCCGAGUGUGGUAAAUGGAUCAUGCUCCGGUAUUGGGUGUUGCCAGACUUCACUGCCAAAAGGUGCCAGGGACUUUGAAGUGGAAUUUCGAGUUUUCAAUAACUCAGUAUUAGCAGACAUACCAUGUAGCUCAGCUUUUGUUGCUGAAGAUGGCUUCUACAACUUUUCUUCUUCGGACUUGAUCACAAUUGAGGAAAGGUUAUUUCCUGUUAUGCUUGAUUGGUCUGUCGGAACUGAAACUUGUGCUAUAGCAAAGAAAAAUAAAACAAGUUAUGCAUGUGUGGCACCAGAUAGCACUUGCACUGAUUCAGUCUAUGGUGAGGGCACAGGUUACCAGUGUCGUUGUCCAUCUGGUUACGAAGGAAACCCUUACUUAAGCAAUGGUUGCAUAGAUGUUGACGAAUGUGCAACUUCAAAUCCUUGUCAUUCUCCUGCAACAUGUCUGAACCAACCGCCUGAAAGCGUCCAAUGUGAAUGUCCACACGGUUAUAACCUUACAGCUGACGAAAAAGGUUGUGAAAUAAUUGGUCAUGCCGGUGGAUCUGGCACAGCUGGAUCUAGUAGGUCAGUAUUCUUGCCUUCUUCAAUACAUCACAUUUAG